AUGCCUUGCGAAAAGUUGGAACUCCUUGGUGGGGGAGCUCAUGGCAUUGUGUUUCUCUCUCAAUAUUAUAAUCCACCUACUUUUAGUGUUCCAAUGAAGUUAACCGUAAAAUCUUCGAAGGUCGAGUUUUCAGGUUCACUUUGGAGAGAAGCGCAAAUCUUGAGAAAGUUGCAAAGAUGUCCGUAUAUAAUUCAGUGUUUAGGAGAGGAUACGAGCAUAGAGCAUGGAAACACUGUGUACAAUCUUCUGCUGGAGUACGCUCUCGGUGGAACACUCAAGAGAUUGAUGAAUUCCAGGGAAGGAUUCAUCCCGGGGGACGAGGCUUCACUAUAUGCUUAUCAACUUUUGAAGGGAAUCUUAGAGGUGCAUCGUCACGGGUUUGUCCACUGCGAUUUGAAGCCCAACAACAUUCUUAUCUUCCCAUGCAGGUGCGGCUGCGGCUUCAAUAAGCUCAAGAUAGGCGAUUUUCGUCUAUCUAAGGUCGCCGGAGAGGGAGGUCACCAGGGAGCUUUACUCUACACCUCCCCGGAAUCUUUGUUUUGCGGCAUGCAUGAGGCGCCUAAGGAUAUAUGGGCCAUAGGGUGCAUGGUGGCAGAGAUGAUGGCCGGGGAAUCACCUUGGAGGUUUUGUAACGGUGACGACGAUAAGUUAGUUCAAGACAUGGCCUCCAAGCAACCCCAAAUCCCAACCGGCAUAUCUGAUCAUGCCAAGGAUUUUUUGAUGAAGUGUUUCGAAAGAAACCCAAACGUUAGAUGGACUGCUGAUAAGCUACUCAAUCAUCCAUUUGUUGCCAAUACCCAUAAUCCACUGUUAUGCCAAAGAUGGGAGGAUCAUCAAGCCUUGGGCAAUAGGCCUUUCGGGACCUCUAGUAUUGGUUUAUUUUCCACUCCAAUUUCACCAUGCACUUGCACUUGCGGAAAGGAAUAG